AUGGAGCGUAAAAAUUAUUAUCCUGGGACGGACUCGCUCUAUCACGGUUUGGUUGAUGCGAGUGGCAUAGAUGGAGGUCAUGGCUCGAGUGGUAUGACGGGAAUGCCAGGAGGCAGUGGUGCUCCUGGAUCUCCAGGAACAAAUGCAACACAAGCAACUCACGGGGGGAACGCUCGUGAGAUGAAAGUAAAACUAUCACGGCGGAUAUAUCAUGAUGCGGCGGCGCGGAUAGAGGCACAUUGCCUAACACCAAGUAAUACGCCAUCGAGACAGGAAUGGCUGUUACAAGCCCAAGAUAUGAUCCUUCUUCAGGCUAAAGGAGGUGACGGGGGACAUGGGGGACAUGGUGGGAACGGUGGUGAUGGUGGUCGUGGGAUGGAUGGUGUGUCGAGUAAUGAGUAUCAAAGUGGAACGCGAGGUGGAAGUGGGGGUGCUGGUGGCAACGGUGGCAAUGGUACUUCCGGCGGCAAUGGCGGGUCCGGUGCAUAUAUCGAGAUUGAAGUCGAAGAAGACGACAUGGAUCUCUUAAUACCCAUUCACUGGGAUGUUAGAGGUGGCAUUGGCGGAAACGCCGGAACUAAUGGAUUUGGGGGAAGAGGAGGGCGCCCCGGCUACGGUGGUAAGGGCUCUGGUAGCCAUGGAAUUGGUGGCGCGGAUGGAAAUGCCAUCUUGAUAGCCGGUCAGCAUGGCCAACCGGGGAACGCUAGAAUCCAGGUCCAUAUGAAAUCCACCAGAGAGUUGGGCGCUAGACAUAACUUUUAUACUAGCCGAUACUUCUUCACACUUGUCGACUUUGAUAUUGUGGAUGAGAAUGAGGACGGGAUAUUUGAGCCCGGCGAACAUAUCUACAUCCAAAACAUCAGAAUCCAAAAUACAGGUGGUAUGCCUACUCCAUCACAGGCAAUCCCAAUCCAUGUUGUCGCGAGUGCUUGGUUUGAAGUCUACGAAGGAGAAACAGCGUUUAUUCCACCAAGUAUCCCCGAAUUGGGGGUAGUUACCAUAAAAGACCGACUUCGCGCCAGAAUUAAGUACCCCCCGGAACCCUGGGGCCGGGCAUUCCGGGAAACGACCCAAAUCGAGUUCCAUGCUGCAUUACCGAAUCUCAACGGCCGUAUUAUCCGUGAUUUUUCUGGGAAGCGCGAUGUUGUUCUCAGCUACCCGAUAUCAGUUGAGAGUAUCAGAUGGGCAAACUCUGUUCUACCAAACACGAAGGUGUCCAUGGUCUGGGUGAUUACAAACAAAAGCACAAGAGCUCUCGGCCGGUCAUCUGAACAAGCCCGCAACGUCGAGUACAUUUUUAGAGGGAAUAGAGACUUGAGUACUGAGACAGAUCUCACAGUGACUAAUGGUACUAAUCUUGAAAGAAUGGUUGAGAUUGACUACCUGGCACCUGGAGACACCCGCACAUACACCCAAGAGGUUGUAGUCCAUAGCUCUGCAGAAACGUAUAAACAUCACAACUUUGACCUUGUUCUGUACCUAGGACGCCCACGAAGCACUCAAAGGGAUGUGGUUCAAGUCGGCAAUUUGAAGGUUCAAGUUGCUUCACCAUUUGUCUACCAACCGACGGCAUCGUUCUUGCUUAUCGUUAAUUGCGAGACCACCAAACAGCAAAUUGUGACCCAGCACCAACUAUUCUCUAGUCUAAAUGUUGUUUAUGAUACUUGGAACGUUAGCCUUUACGGAGGAUUCAACCGGCCUACAGAUGGCGCAAAUGUUUUGAACAAUUAUUUCGGCAAGGGACUUGUUCUUUUCGGCGAGGACUUUGACUUCUUCCAGCAAAAUGGUACUCGCAAUGCAGCGGAUAUGAUACCACCUGAUCUUGGAUUCACCCUGGCAAAUCACGGAACAAAUAUUCUCUUCAUUGGGAAGCCCUCCCCGUCUAUCGACGCAUGGGCUAAAGCAGUUACAUUCCCACAGUUCGGCACUGACCCCUUGCCGUUCAAGACCAAAAAGGAAGUUGUCAUUGGUCUCCGCGCCGCAGGUCUACACAACCAGGGUACUUCGGCCCCUAUCAGCGCCUCACGGUUAUCACGUACCAAAGGCAACUUCGAAAAACGUGCUGCAAAGACAAGCAAACUGUUGAAAACCAAAUUUCCUUUGGAACGGUUCCAGAUAUACCCCAGCCCACAAGAUGUCAAUGUUGUUAUCGUAAGGCAAUCACUUCCGGUCGCGAAUAGAUUAAUGAUCUGUAGCGGCCCAUCACACAAUGCCGACGCGUUUGACAGCUUGCACCUAAUAGCAGUCGUUUCAUCGCUUCCAAUAGCCAUGCGAAUGCAAGUUUUGUUUGCAAUGACAGCCCCAGGGUUAAUGGUAAUGAAGGCAGGAGAAACUAGUUCGGUUACAGAUCUUUUGGUCCCUCAGGCUAUAAAGCUGUCGAUAAUUCACGAGCUGGAACUUGAGAUUGCACGAUAUCACCACAAAUCUCCAUGGCCACAUAAGAUAGAGACCGCCACCACAGCUAAUUUUCACCUCAAGAGUUUUCACGCAUUUAUCGGAGCGUGGCCCUGGGAGCCUCUGGAUCAAGACCGAACAAACCUUAUAAUGGAGAUAUUCGCCCACAUCCUCCGUGCUGUUAAACUCUCCGGCUUUGGCGAAAUCGUUAUUAGGUUUGGUUUCCGAAAGACUAACAUGCGAAACUACCUUCUCGCCAAAAUCAAAGAUUUCUUGACAGCCCGAACACCAAACGGCUUGGAGCUAGUUAAGCAAUUGACCGUCCGGGCAGGCGACGAUAAGAGAUUUGUGAAAAUAGCUGAUAAGAUUACUACCGCCCUCCAAGUCCCUGCUGCAGAUCUAGCCACUAGAUGGGUUGACAGUUUCCAUGAGGAGAGUAAGGUGCUCAAUGCUGAAGAGUAUACAGCAUCUCAAGCUCAGUUUAUCUCCCGCGCGAAUCGGUUUAAUACCGAUAACGGGGCUGCUCAGUAUAUUCUACGAGAGCUUGUAAACCCGUACCCGGGUAUUAUCAUUCCACCUAGCUCUUAG